CUCGAGGGAGCAGAGGUUUCGCGGCACCGCGGGCGGGCGCGCUAUCGGGCCGCCUGCCCUGCGCUUGCGAGGUGAGGCGAGAGGGAGGGAGAGAUGCCUGUGAUUAGAGGGAGAGUCCUGCUCAUCCUCGGCUUCGUCUGUCUGACAACUUUCCUGGCUUCCGUGAGAGGACUGCCCGUGAGGAAACAGCGCAGCAAUAGCCCGAAGGAGAGAGGUUCUAAGGCGGUGGAGGUCUCUGCCUCAUCCAACCCCCAUUCUUCAGGGGACGAGGAGCUGCCACCACCUGGCAAGGCACGGGGGCUAAGGCGGAGUGGGCAGGCUGGCCUGCGGCGGCACAGGCGCCGUGGGGUGUCUCAGCAGGUAGCCAAGAGCCCAGCACUGCCCCAUCCUGACAACACUGACCAGGAGGAGAACCUACCCUUUGUGCUGGACCUGCAGAGUUUGACAGGACUGGCCAAUGUGGACCUCAGUGCCCAGAAUCCCAACAUCCAGGUGACCAUCGAAGUGGUGGAUGAUCCUCAGGCGGAGAUGGAGAUGGACUUGUUGAAGGAGACAAGCAAUGACUGGUCCCUGAUGUCCACUGAGUGGCUGUCCCACAAGGAUCUCUUCUGGCCCCUCUUCUGGGAAUACACUGACCCCAGUGAGAAGGAGGAGAAGGACAAGAAAGAGGGUGGCAAGCUGGAUGUAGGGGACAGGGAGGUGGAAGAGGAGGAGGAGGACGAGGAAGAGGAGGAAGAGGAGGAGGAGGAAGAUUACACAGCAGAGUAUGAGGAGGAGGAAUCCGUGCUUAGUGGAGUGGGAGGUGACUGGGACCAGCAGUGGCCUGGGCAGAAGAACUGGAUCUUUAAGGAAAAAUAUAACUAUGACUAUGAAGAUGAGGAGGAGUGGAGCCUUUGGUCCCCUUGCAGCACCACUUGUGGCAGUGGCAACCAGAAGAGGACUCGGUCCUGUGGCUAUGCCUGCACAGCAACAGAGUCAAGGACCUGCGACCUUCCUCACUGCCCUGGAGCAGAAGGGGAAAUGGUCUUCCCCACAGAGGAGACACCUUUCAAAAGCGACAACACCACAGAGCUCUUCAACUCAGAGGUGGACAGCUGUGAGAAGUGGCUGAACUGCAAGAGUGACUUCCUCACCAAGUAUCUGAGCAAGGUGCUGACAGAUCUGCCCAGUUGCCCCUGCUCCUACCCACUGGAGGCUGUCUACAGUGCCGUCAACCUGCAGGAUGAGCAGCAGGGCAAGAGCUUCCGAUGGCGGGAUGCUAGUGGCCCCAAGGAGCGCCUGGACAUCUACAAGCCGACAGCGCGCUUCUGCCUGCGCUCCAUGCUCUCCCUCGACAGCACCACCCUGGCUGCCCAGCACUGCUGCUAUGACGAGCACACCCGCCUCAUCACCCGUGGCAAGGGGGCUGGUGUCCCCAACCUCAUCAGCACUGAGUUCUCCCCUGAGCUGCACUACAAGGUGGACAUGCUGCCCUGGAUCCUCUGCAAGGGUGACUGGAGCCGCUAUCAUGCUAUCCGGCCCCCCAACAACGGGCGGCAGUGUGCUGACAACCCUGCCGAGGAGGAGUACCUCUCGCAGCUGCAAGAGGCCAAGGAGUACUGAGCUGCAGCCAUGCUCAGAGGAGCCCGGGUCACUGCUGGCCCCUACCCCAGCCCAGCCUGGCAAAACCCUGGCUCUGCUCGUGGGCUCCUUGCUGGCACCGGGCAGAGUGGGGAGGAUGUGCUGUCCAUCUCAUCCCCUCAGAGGGGUGCCUCAGCCCCCCUCGGAUUUCAGAAGGGGCCAGAGGAUAUCGUAGUGUGAUGCCUGCCAUACCAUACCAUCUUACACCCCAGGGUGCCUGGGCUGGCAUGCAAGGAGCCACAGGGGAUGUGAGACAUAGUGAAUCAGGGGCUGUUCUCAUCUGCUUUUAUUCUCUAUGAUGUAUCAGUGCAACCUGGAAGAUGAGCCUCUGCAGGGUGAAAUGGCCUUAGCUCCCGCUGGCUUCAUGUUACAUCUGAAGAACUGGCCUGCUGCAGGCAGAGCUGCUAGCUCUUGCCUGUACACCUGCCCUGGCACAUGCUGAUCUGCUUCUGAAACUGGGGCUGGGUCCUCCUAGGGGAGGGCAGGACUGUCCCACUGAAGCACACAGAGCAGGGCCUUCCCUCUCCUGAAGUUCUUGCACACUCAGCCGAGAAGGAGCAGGGAGAAGCUUAUCAGGAUUUCAUGAGUCCAGGAAUUAGGCAGGAGGAGACUGGCCUCCUAGGCAACUUGAGGAAGACUGUCUUGCCACCACAGUUUCAGCUGUGAAGAGGAACACUAGCUGUCAAAGCUAGGCACUAGUGGGCCUCAGAGUUGGUCAGCACAGGUUAGCACCACCUGUGUGCAUUUCAGCCUUUGCCUCAGUGCACGGUGGCAGCAACCAUGCAACUCUCACCAGCAGCCUGCCUUCACACCUGCUCCCCAGCAGCCCCACAGUGGGCUUCAGUGCUUGGGAGCAUCCUUGAUGCAGCUUAGCACAAAGUCCUGUGUUUCUCACCCAUAGCCCUGCUGGGGGCAGGAGGUAGCUCAGCCACUACUUGUGCCAUUGCUGGAGGAGCAAAAAGCACUGAGUCCAAGUUCUCCACGGAGAAGGGAGCAAGUCAGGGACUGCUGGGAGCACCUAGCAUUGCCCCUUCCUGGUCUGCUGCUGGCCUCUGGCAGCAGAGAGACACAGCUCUGUGAAAGUAAGUUGUAAGCAUACAUUGUUCUCCUCAGGCAAGCAAGAGUGGCUCCAGAGAAGGAAAAAUCACACAUGCUGAUAAUGUCAAUACCUGAUGUCUGCAGAUCACAGAUCAUGCUUUCUGUAGGCACUUUGGUCUUGCCUGGGUUUUAUUCAGCUUUUCAGAGGUCCAUGGCAGCAUACUUUGGGAGCUCCCAAGUUUCCUGUAGAGAAAGCAUCUUCAUCCUUGGACAGUUAGUUGCUGAACCUGGGAGAAACUGUUCAUAGCUAUUUAGCAAAAGCUAUUCAUCAGAGGAAAUAAAAAGAGCAAGUCAAGUACACAUAAAAAAGAAUGGAGUUAUUUCUAGACUAGAGCUCUAACCCAAGGCUGUUGUCUACUCCCUGUUUCAAUGCAAAAACCAACUGUCUGAAUGCAGAGGUCCUGGGUUGAUUAUCCUGUGCUAGGUUUGUGCUUCUUUCAGGAGCUUUCUCCAGGGCCAGUGAAUAUCCAUGGUCCAAUAGCUCUCUGGGGAGCCUUUGUGGGAGUGUCUUAUAUAUGGUGAGUGUAUGUUGAUCCUUUUGGCUUGGUUACUGAUAGAAUAUUACAUCCUAGAUCAUCAGUACCUAAACUUCGUUGGUCUUAAAAAUAUUCAUCAAGUUAUCACUGAAUUAUUCUUAUUUGAAUAUGAUUCUGCACAAGGCUCCAGUGAUGAGUGCUAUCAGAACAUAGGCAGAUACCAUCCAUUUCCCAACAGUUGUGCAGUCAUGACCAAUGUUAUGCAAAGGGUGAGAAGGAAGACAUAACCAAAUAAACAGACCCUGGUAAAUGUUCAUGACAGUUUUUUAGUCCAAAUGGCCAUUUGCUUACUAGUUAAGGGUGACUAGUAAAGAGGUGGGUCAUAAAGAGCUGGUCAGGAGAAGAUGGUAAUGUUCUGGUGGCUUGGUUCUGGGAGCCUAGGACAUGUACUGGAAGGCUCAGCAACAAACAUGGAGGUGUUUGUAUAGGAAGCAGACAAGUGAGUGGCCAAGGAAGGAUGAGCUCAUUACCUUAAAAUCAGAGAAUCAACCACGUUGGAAGAGACCUCCAAGAUCAUCCAGUCCAACCUAUCACCCAGCCCUAUCCAAUCAACUAGACCAUGGCACUAAGUGCCUCAUCCACUCUUUCCUUGAACACCUCUCCUCUCCCAUAUCUCAUGUCAUGUCUGCUGUUGAUAUCAGCAGGCUCUCAGGAAAGUUUAUUUACCAUCAAUGCACAGACUUUAAAACAUUCUCCCUUUAAAUGUGCCUAGUGCCCCAGCGUUGAACACACAUAUGGAAGCAGGACCUCUGUGAACAGCCUUUCUUGAAGGAAACUUUCAAUAGCUCAGCCAACUUGUCAGACUGGCUGCUCUCAGAGGACAUGCUUUUAUAGUGAUGGCUGUUGCCAAGGAUUUGUACUCUCCUCGUUUUUAUACUGGAUAUGCCAACCAGUCUAACCCCCCCCCAAAAAAAAUAAGCUAUAAUUGCUGUAACAAAUGGAAUUCCCAUCCAAGGGAAAACAGGAACAUUUCUUGCUUUGAGCUUCCUCUCAAAAGAGCUGGUUAAAAGCUGAGUGGCUUUUCCGCCUUGCUUCCUCUAUGUUUUAGAUGAUACAGGCACGAGCUGAAGCAUGAGAAAUGUAAAGCAAUGUUGUUCCUCACACAAGCACCUUAUAUACUGAGAGGUUUUGCAGGGCACCAUGAGAAAAGUAGACAUUAAGGAAGCAUUUAUUUUUAUAUCCCAUCAAAGAUUCUGUCCAGCUUGAUGCUAUUUAAGUGAUAAAUCUCAGUUUCCACUCCUUAAGCUGAUUGUGGGGUUUAUAUAUAAUAUAUAAAAUGUGUUUUUUUUCCUACAAAACUUCACAGAGAAUAAUUCUUUAUUCUGAUGCUGCAAUAAAGCACUUUAUAUAUGUAUGUGUUACUGAUGUCAUUCAGGUGGGACUGAAGCAUAUGUUGCUGUUUGUUUUGGUUGAUGACACUGCAUUAAAUACUACAUUUGGGCCUCUAGCCCCAACUGUACUGCAAA